GCACAAGCUUGCUAAACAAUCUAUUUACACGGGGGCGAAGGGUCAGUGAAAAGCCUGCAAAAUCUCCACCGCUUACGAUGACCGAAUCGGGGUAUUUCGACUACUCCGGCCAAGAUCCGAACACUUUUCUUCCUCCGAUGAAUCCCUAUCGCGAUGGCAGCGAUGCACAAGACUACGGAUCAAAUGGCAAGUCACAGCUAGCUGGUUUCUAUAGUAACCAUUACCCUGGUUCCCAAGACAAUCCAGCCAACCCAUCCAGUCAAGCGUCCAUGCCAAACAGCCCUGAUAUGUCCGUAUCCACAGGGUACCAGCACAUGUUCCCAAGCGUUCCCACAGGAAAUCCUGAUGACCCUAAAGACAUGGGAGCCGCAGCAGCCUCGCUAGCAAAGCCAGUCCCCAUGAGACGGUUGUCGGAAAAACGCAUUGCACAGGCACGGGCGCACCUCAUGGGUCCUAUGGCUGACUACCUCCUCGAUCCCAGCUAUGGUGGAUCAAAUGGCAAGUCACAGCUAGCUGGUUUCUAUAGUAACCAUUACCCUGGUUCCCAAGACAAUCCAGCCAACCCAUCCAGUCAAGCGUCCAUGCCAAACAGCCCUGAUAUGUCCGUAUCCACAGGGUACCAGCACAUGUUCCCAAGCGUUCCCACAGGAAAUCCUGAUGACCCGAAAGACAUGGGAGCCGCAGCAGCCUCGCUAGCAAAGCCAGUCCCCAUGAGACGGUUGUCGGAAAAACGCAUCGCACAGGCACGGGCGCACCUCAUGGGUCCUAUGGCUGACUACCUCCUCGAUCCCAGCUAUGGUGAUCUCCAAGCAGCCACGUCUCCAGCAGUGGCACAUGCCCUGGCAGCCACCCAACAGACACAGAAACGACCCAGAAGUGAGAAAAAAGCCAUCCCAGAUGAAGCAAAAGAUGACAAGUAUUUCGAGCGAAGGAAAAGAAACAAUUGUGCUGCCAAAAAAUCACGGGAUGCCAGGAAAGCACGGGAGGAUGAAAUUGCCAUACGGGCUAGUUUUUUGGAAAAAGAAAAUGCAAUUCUGCGUGCUCAGGUUGCUACUUUGCGAGAAGAAGCAAACUCCUUAAGGCAACUUUUACUCCAGAAGCGGUCACGACCUUGAGGUCAAGACUGCCUUCCAAGGUCAAGGCCAUUUGAGGUCAAAAGAAAAAAAUAAGACAUCUACCUCUGUUGAAGAUACUCUUCAUUUAUACGACAAUAAGUGGUGCCAUCAUGAAGAUGGUGACGACAGAAGAUAAUACAUGACUUUUCAGGGAAUAAUCUAGUUAUCUACCUGUAAUUAUUAUAAUUAUGAUACAAUGUUGCACCAAACUCCAGUAUUGCUCAUAACCUAUAUAUUAAGCCAUUUGUGAUAGGUUUCCAAAUAAAGUACAAAUAUUAUGUGAGUAGAUGUCAACGUAGCAGUCAUUGUCAAGUCUAGAAGAAGGCUUUCUUGUGUUCCAAUAUUGAAUGCCUAGUCUCUGUCACAUCAGAUAUGACGAGAUGGUUGAAGAAGGGAAUGCACUUUGGAUGAGCUGUCACCAUGUGGCUAAUAUGAGGGUAUUGUUAUGAGCAGGGCUGUAGUAGUUGCUGUAGGAGUAGUGGAUAAUGGUACCAAACUAUUGCCCUGUUGUACUGACUCUCAAACCAGUGGUUAUUUUAUUACAACAUUUUCCAGGGGGGUAUAUCUUCCUCCCCCUCCACCCCCUCUACCUCAACACAUAAAAAAACUUAAGACAUACCUCAAAACGCAGAUGAUAUAUUAUGCCAGUACUGUUAGCGGUUCAAAUUUGGACCUCUCUUUCAUAUUUUCUAUACGGUAAUCUGCCCCUCAUUUCCACUGUGUUUGAGACUUGGUCUAAAUGUUUGAGCCUGGGCCUAAAUGUUUGAGCCUGGAUUUAAAUGUAAUGGCCUGGUUCUAAAUGUUUGAGCCUGGUUCUUAAACUUGGAGCCUGGGUCGAAAUGUUUGAGCCUGGAUUUAAGAUAUUUUAGCCUGGGUCCACACGUAGACUCCACAGUACUACAGGGUGACUGUUGGUCCUUUUGUAUCACGUCUGUGGCAUGUUUGCUGGUCACUUGUGUAUUCCUCAGUCUUGGUGCAGGUGGAUCUUGCAUUUCAAGAUAUAAUUUAAUAAUAAUAAAAUAGAAUUUAUAGGUGUAGAAUUAUAGGAAAAGACUUCGGAAUGCCCAAGUCCCCAGCAAAUUUUUUUUUGUGUAUAAAAUUAAUUCUCAUGUCUUGACAGUAUAUACUUAUAUUAUUAUCAUCUAUUAUAUAUUGGGAUAUAUCAUCUCAGGGAUAACUUUGUUUUAUAUAUAUAUAUACAUACAUAUAUCCUGAUCCUUGCCGGUUACAAUAUACAAAACCAGCUGGUGGGGUUUGUGGAUCUAUUGAAAUAUUAAAUGAUAGUCUAUUCGUAGAUAUAUUAUUAUUAUUAUCA